AUGGAUGUGUUCACAAUGCACGUGAUGACGGGGAUCACUACCACUAUGCUAUCCGCUGUUAGCGAAUUCUGUCGUGAUGAUGUGCCAGAAUUCCUUUCCGAUUACUGUGAGAAGAUCAUCGCCAAAAAUCUUAAAUACAUCAUCGAGAAACUGAAGGAUCACGAGCCAGCCGACAAGAUUUGCGCCGACUUAUAUCUUUGCAACGAAUGA